CAAUCGACAGCUUCUGGCAUGUGGCACCACUCUCACACACCCAGUCAUCCACUUUCUCCUUCCUUGUCUCUCUUUUCUUCUUAAAUGUGCUAUCCUGAGGGUUCUGUAAGCCAUGCUGUCAACGAUUGUCCUCUGUGUAAGGCCUUCGUCCAUUCCAGAUGUCCACAUGUGAGGGAAGUCUGCAGAAAUCGUGCGCUACAUCCUCAGCUGGAUGUUGUCUAUCUGAAAAAUGCAGAAGUUGAUUGGUUCAAUGGGUGUGGAUAUUGCAAAUGGGCUCGUUUGAAUCCUUCUCAGAAGCCUGGCUUCCCCAAUCCCGGCUGGCCAGGCUGUUGUCGUGCUCCCGCUCCGAGCGAAUAUCGAAUGAUACAGGCUGCUGAUUGGCGAUCUAUCAGUAUCGUACACCAUAUCCCAAUUCCUCCGGAAAUCAAGGUCAUCCUCGACGGACUCACUACUGGCGGGCGAUCAUCUUCCAAACCGUUCAUGCCUCCAUUGGAUCGCAGGAACAGCAAUAGUGGCACUGGCACCGGCACUGGGGGAGGUAGCCCUCCAACCAAGCUAGGCAACACCGCUGUCAAACCAGUAUCGAGUGCGAACAAGGUCCGUACAUCGGCGAGCCCGAAAACUCCCGCCGCCACACUUUCCAAAGCGACAGCCAACGCCGUGGAAGGCAUCCGUAAUUCUCCGGAAAAGGAAAAGGCUUCCUACAACAAUUCUGCACACUCUUCUCCAGGCCGAAAGCAGAUUGAGCUCGACACUAACACGACACCACGACGCAAUUCGGGUAGUCGAGCUCCGCCAGCUAUACCGUCUUUCAACAAAGGGUCUCCCGAUCUACGUUCGUCUACCUUACCCUCAGGCAAAAGUUCCCUUGAGUCACGUUCAUCUGCUAUACCCUCGAACAAAGGCUCUCCCGAUCUACGCCCAUCUGUUAUACCCUCGGGCAAAAGUUCCCCUGAGUCACGUUCGUCUGCUAUACCCUCGAACAAAGGCUCUCCCGAUUUACGUCCGUCUGUCAUACCCUCGGGCAAAGGCUCUCCCGAAUCGCGCUCACCUGCUACAACCUUGAACAAGGGCUCUCCUGAGUCACGAUCAUCUGUCGUACCUCUGAGCAAAGGCUCGCCAGAAAUGCGUCCCAGUCUCGAUCGACGUCGUAGCAGCAACAUCCAUCCUCCUACUCCAAGCUCCAAGUCUUCGAUCCCGUCGCGGAACACUGCUUCCAGCUUCACGCUUGCUUCCCGCAAGGCAUCGAAAAAUGACGAUGCAUCCAGCGUUGCAAGUGGUGGUAGUGGAGGAUCAGACUCACUGUCCGACAGUACAGUUACUUCCGAUGGGGGAUUCACUGAUUACCUAUCGGACGAAUCUGAGGCAGAACUUCAACGACAAGCAGAAGCCAAAGCUGCUCUUUUGGCGCAGAAUCAGGCUGAGGAAUUAGAGUUCAAAGCCGCUCGUCAACAACUGGCCCAUGUUGACUUGCGUCCCCCCAAAUCUUGGAACCCCACGAACAUCACGAACAACAAUACGGCUCUACGUCUCACGACCACUACGAAAGGUUAAGUACCUGCGAUGUACACACAUGUAUCCAAGGGUUCUCUAAGACUUCUGCUUUCCCAUGUAAAACCUAUAUAUCCCUUACAUACGUAUCUAUCAUCUGUACCAUAUAUCACACGGCAUAUACAGGAGGGCCAGCAUGCAUUGAUAUCUCUCUAUUCUGUUGUUUACAAUCUGUUGUGUUUGGAGUGGACGAAUUGCUUUACUUUGCCUGUAACCACCUGUAACAGUACUUCUAUCAGUUCUAACACGUGUGA